AUGGCGGCCUCCUCCUUGGAGCAGAAGUUGUCGCGCCUGGAAGCCAAGCUGAAACAGGAGAACCGGGAGGCGCGGCGCCGCAUCGACCUCUCGCUCGACAUGAGCUCGCCUUCCAGCCCGAGGAGACCCCGACCAAUUAUAGUGAUCACUCUAAGCCCUGCUCCUGCCCCAUCCCAACGAGCAGCUCUUCAGCUUCCAUUAGCAAAAGAUGCAGGCAGCCGGUCAUCUUCAUCAGAAACCUCACCACAACACCACCCGCCCCCUUCACGCCCUCGGCACAUGCUCAGCCUCCCACAACCUCCGCUGCAGAAGAGCAUGGAAAGCAUAGAGAUCGAGCAGAAGCUGCAGGAGAUCAUGAAGCAGACUGGGUACCUGACGAUAGGAGGGCAGCGAUAUCAGGCUGAAAUCAGUGACCUGGAAAACCUGGGCGAGAUCGGCAGUGGUACAUGCGGGCAGGUCUGGAAAAUGAGGUUCAAGAAAUCAGGACACAUAAUAGCAGUGAAGCAAAUGCGUCGCUCGGGUAACAAAGAAGAGAACAAACGUAUCCUGAUGGAUCUGGAUGUGGUGUUGAAAAGUCAUGACUGCCCUUACAUCGUGCAGUGCUACGGGACCUUCAUUACCAAUACUGAUGUGUUCAUUGCCAUGGAACUGAUGGGCACAUGUGCUGAGAAGCUGAAGAAACGGAUUCAGGGGCCUAUUCCGGAAAGGAUUCUUGGCAAAAUGACUGUCGCGAUUGUCAAAGCUCUCUUCUACCUGAAGGAGAAGCAUGGUGUCAUUCACAGAGAUGUCAAACCUUCUAACAUUCUUCUGGAUGAGCGGGGUCAAAUCAAGUUGUGUGAUUUCGGGAUUAGCGGGAGACUGGUAGACUCAAAAGCAAAAACGAGGAGUGCGGGAUGUGCAGCGUACAUGGCGCCAGAAAGGAUAGAUCCUCCUGAUCCAACCAAGCCCGAUUAUGACAUCAGAGCGGACGUUUGGAGUCUGGGCAUUUCACUGGUUGAACUCGCCACAGGGCAGUUUCCAUACAAAAACUGUAAAACGGACUUUGAGGUUUUAACAAAGGUGCUGCAGGAAGAUCCUCCUCUGCUUCCUCCAAGCAUGGGCUUCUCAAUGGACUUCCAGUCAUUUGUAAAAGAUUGCCUUACAAAAGAUCACAGGAAGAGACCAAAAUACAACAAAUUGCUUGAACACAAUUUUAUUAAACGCUACGAGACUUUAGAAGUGGAUGUAGCUUCAUGGUUUAAAGAAGUUAUGGCAAAGACUGAAUCCCCACGAUCAAGCAGCAUCCUCAGCCAACAACAUCUCCCCAUCUUCUCCAGGUAGCCAGCAGAGUGCUAAAUGAACCUGUGGGGGAGGAAGGAGUGUCGGCAAGUCACCACCAACACCCGCAUCAUCAGGCAGAGCUCCUGAGACCGAUGAAUUGUACAUAGUCUAUCCAUGGUUUUUCUGUCUAGUGUUGUGUUCUUUUUGAUUGACUCAGGAGUGUGGGUUGUUGUGUGUUUGAAGAUACUUUCAGUCUGUAGAAAGUAAACAAGGAAAGGUGUUGCAGACCACAUAUUGGACUAAGGGUUUGUUUCACUGUUACUGUGAAAAGCUUACACGCUGCCGUUAACCUCUGCCCUCCCCGUUAAUCUCUCCUUACGGGACAAAUGGUCAUUGCACACUGCAGAGGAAUCGCAACUUUAUAUAGUGUUUAAAUACUACCGGGUUAUGCACUGUGAUCAAAAAAAAGGAUUUUACCUAAUUUAUUAAAUAUGAAAGUGUAGCUGAUGUGAACUCUCAAUGUAUUAGUGUGCAGGCACCUGUGUUAUACAAUAGACUAGUGUGUUUCAAACGCAUGAGAAACUGCUGCUUUAUUUUAUUUCAGACAGUUACUUUUAAAGCCUUUUUGGAAAAGGUUCAGAUCAGACAGGGCUUUCAAAAUUACUCUUGAAGUGAAAGUCUGGCAGAAUAUACCAAGACUGUUUGCUUGGUAAUUUUUUUUCUUGUUAGUUGAUUUGACGCAGUGUGUUAUGAUGCACGUCCAGUGCCUGUAACCUAGGUUCACUCACUGGGUGAUAAUGUCAGAUGAUCAGUGGUUUAGUAAACAACCUCCAUAUGCAAAUAAUGAUUCUGAGUGAGUGUCAGUGCUGCUGCAACCUGAAAUCACACUUGUGCUGGCAAUUUCUUUUUCUAGUACCUGCAUAGUUGUUGCUGUACAUACGGGUGCCAGUACAGUUUGGGUGAUUAUGUCAGUGUCCCAGUUGCCAGCUGCCUGCCUUGAGGUUGGUGAUGCAGGAUCAAGCCCAAUGGGUGGAAUUUUAUAAAACUCAGUUUGAUUCUCAUUCUUACAAACAUCUGUUUGUGCUUUCUCUAUACUUGCCUCUUAUAUAUUUUCUGCCAUUGUACAGUUGAUAAAUUAGUUCAUUACUGGUUUGCAACUACUUUCUGCAUUUGCUGGAGGAUGUGUUUCCAUUUGUGAGGUUGCACUGUGAGGAAAGCUUUACGUAGGUUCCAGCCACGCCCUGUUGGAUGGUCGGGAGUGGGUCAGGUUGGUGGGCUGCUUCACUCAACUCUCUCUGUGGUGAGUGAAGGGGAUAGAAGGAAGCUUAUGCUAUGGGCAGGUAGUGCAUGGUUUGUGCUCCAGGGGUUGGCUGCCUUUCCAUGAGCAUUCAAAUAGAGAAAAUUCUGAAUUCUGUAGAGCAAGACUUCAGCUUUUUCAUGCUUUGAGGCUGUUAUUUUUAAAUUAAAUUGUGUAAUUCUUCACAUUGAAAACAACUGAUGCCGGCACAUUCAAAACAAAUUUUGAUUUGUAUUGAUUUCAGUUGAUUGUAGUCUCAAACCAAUCGUCAUUUUACACUCAACGUGACAAAGCGGGCAUCUGUUUCUGUGCUGCAUGUUGUAAAUUUGAAGAUUUGGAUCACACCUAUUGGUAUUAUCUCUGAAAGCACUUCUGUACAUUGGAGUGAAAUUGUGCUUGGAGCCUCACCCAUGUCAAGGAAUUGUGGGAGAGCACUCAGUGAGUAAAGAAUUUUAUACAAUAUCCCUGUCAACCCAUCCUUGUUUUUCUUCCCUAAAUCACCAUCUGUUUAGGACACAGGUUCAUUGUAAACAAACUGAUUUAACAUUCAGUGUUUGCAAUCCUGUUGUGAAUUUCUAGGUCCACUGAUUGUGAAUUUUGUCCACACAUGCGAAGUUUGGUUACUUCAACAAAUAAUAUGGUUAUUGUUUUAUUUAUAUAUUUAACUCAAUCCAGAACAGUUAAACAAUGUCUCUUUUCCCCAUGGGCCAAACAUUUAUUUCUAACAGGGUGUAUAAUUCCUGUACUUUUGGUGGAAGCUGAAAAUCUGGCUUGCAUUUUGAUGCAAUUUUGAAGGAGUGGGCUGCAGAAUUAGUUUAGAAAUGGAGCUGAGGUGUGUGUAUGAGGAGGUUGAGGGUUUUCAUUAGGUCUCAGAAAGAAGGUGAGCGAGAGCGGUAGAUAGAGGGGAUCAGACUUAAUUGGAAGGCUGUGCAGGGUUUAUCAGUGGUGAGUAGCAGUUUGCUGGGUGUUCUCAUGAUUAAGAAGUACAGAAAUAGCAUGGCAGUUUAAUCUUUCAAUGAAGUACCCACAUAUGCUUGAGUUACCAAAACAGGAUGAAGAAUAGAACCAAGAAAUGGUAUUAAUAAAACUGAUUCAAUCCUUGAUGCAGGCAGGCAUAAAGGAUUACAUUAAAGAACUCCUUUUAAAGAUACCUUAAGGAACAAAUAGUAUUUGGUUUAGAUUAAUUUAGACAUACAACAAUAAAUGCCUUGUUUGAAAACUGCAGAUCCAUUGAAUUGUUUGCAAAGAUCAGGUUCUAGUCCAUGAGGGAUAGCAGACCGUUGUGAUUAUUACACCUAUACAAAGCACUUACUGCAGUCACUCAGACAUGAAGCAGUCUGUGAUUCCCACAGAGACUACACCAAAUAAGUUGAGAGUUGGGAAUGAAGUUUCUCAGAGUCCAGUGCGAUGCACACAGAGCCAAAAAUUCUAUUGCAUUCAGAAUAACUUUGGAAUACUUCUACAAAUCCAUCAGGCUGGUGGCACUGAUCCACUGCCCUCUUAUCAUCACCUCCACUUGUUUUUUAAACAUAACUUUAAAUAUUAGAUGAUCCAGAUCACUCUGUAAAGAGAAGGAGCAUCUUUGUUAAAUGGCAUCAUGUUUCAGAUCAUGCUUGCUGAAAGAUUAUUCAUGAAGUCACUCCUUUAUAUCAAGAAGUUUCCUUUAUCUGAAAAUUCUCAGGUCCUUUGCUAUCAUCUAUGUACCAGAAACCGGCAUAUACGCUCUGAUCAACCAACCACAGGCCUGGCUGAAUUCACCCAAAGAACAUCUUUCAGUUUGCCAGCAACGAGUACAGGCAUGAGGUAACGAGAUCUUCAGAGCACCUGACGUUGUCUGAAACUCUCAGGGUUCAAUGUCCAUCGACCCAGUUCCCAUUCUACAAGUAUCAACAAAGAAAAUACUGAGGAACUGGUUUGAUUAUAUUGUUCUACAAAGAGCAAUAGAUAGAGGAAGAUGAUGAGCUGAGUAACUGUGCCAUAACUCUGUUUAGGUUCCCAUUCUGUUCUUUGAUAUAACAAUCAGAUCUGCAAAACUGAAGCACUUCCCAUAUGCAUAAGAAUUGAAUGCAUACGUUCUAAAGCUUGAAGAGGGAGCUACCUCAUGGAAAAUCUGAAAAGUAUAUGCAUUCUGGCAGUCUGCCUUCCAAGUGAAACCACAAUUUAAGAUCGAGUUCCCUGGUCUAACACUUCUUCUCACAGCAGUAUUCCAGGGGUGGCCUUGCGUUAUUUAAAGAUGGAAUGAUCAGCAAAGAACAAGAACCAUUCAGCCCACAAUCUAAUAUUGAACAGUUGGUGAUGCUUCUGCAGUGUAUGAAGAUCAGGUUGCAUGUAAAAGUUACCACAGCACCUCAGUGGAAAAACAUUUUAGCUUUUAGAGUACAACGAGUUGAAACUGCUGCUAUCCAGAAACCACUGUAUAUUGCAAUAAUCUCUGCACUCGAUUAAAUGCUCAUGUUCUACAUUGAACAUUCUCUUGAUAUGGAUAAAUUUCACAUGGACCAGAGCCCUGUGCAGUUAAACAAAAGGUGAAGACUGGAAGAAUUUGUCAGAUAUUGUCAACAGCAUAUUGAGCAAGUUUCAUAAUUGCUCAGGAUGUCUUUGGAUACUUGGAAAAUUCCACACUUGUUUUCCUCUCCUUUGAACCUUGACAUUGAUUUAAAAAUAGGUUGUAAAACAUGGUACAUUGGCUGUGAGCAGAGGAACUGCUUGGAUUUGUAGCUUGUGGUUUAAACUAUUUCAUUCCUUUGAGGUCAAAGUUCCAGCCACAUUUAACAAUAUUUUCUUUCAUAUCAACGUAAUGUGACGUCAAAAGUCAGAUGCGUUGUUGGUGAAAUAUUUCUAUCUGUAGGCGUGACCAUUUCCCAUCCUUUGGAGCACAGGAAUCUCUGAUUACAUCAAGGAAUCAAUGAUCAACAAAUCAAGGAUCUGGAAUCUAGGCAUAUUCUGUGUGCAAAAGCCUUGGAUCUGCUGUGCCAGCGGAAUUAGUUUGCUUUUCUUGAUGCUGUUCCUUCUUUUGGAGUUUGGUCAGAAGUUGCAAAAAUGCCCUGAGAUGUGUAGCAUGGGCCAUUUCAAAGUCUGAUGCCUCCAGUCCACACUGUUUGUGUUUAGAUUGAGGAGCUGAGGCCCAGGAGAGAUCAGCCAUGAUCACACUGAAUGGUGGGGCAGGCUUGAGUGCCCUGGUGGCUUCCUUCUGCUCCUAUUGUCUUGUGCUCUUGUGAGGAUAAUGAUCUGCGUCUUCCAGAAAUGUGCAGGUGCUCAAGUAUGGAAUGAAGAAGAGCUUGUACUUUUUUGCUUGUUGAAAUGGAGAAAGACAUGAUUGAUCUUCUGAAGAGCAGCUAUAAAUUGAGGAUUAGCUGAUAAGCACUUUUAGCAACCGGACAGCAAUUGUCCUGGUGGUAGGGUCCUAUGUGGGAACCUUGUUUAGAGGGUGCAGUGUUCAAGUACAGGCUGCAGACCAACACCAAGAUCCUGAAGCUCAUGUUUCAGAAUUACAAGGUACUGUUGCUGGAGAUUUAGCUGCAAACAUGCUGUCACGUGAUUUAGAAAGGGGAGAGGUAUGUGAGAAAGUACGUGAAAGUGGGAGCGUACGAAGGGGACUGGAGAGGUGAAGCAGGUGUGAUAAUGUAAUUAUUAAUUCUGUGACCCUUCAUACUACCUUUCACAAGCCAGUUUUGAAUUAAAAAUCUAUUUGCAAACAUUCAGCUUCCCCAAAAAGUUACUGUUGAUGUGAUAUCAUCACACAAUUACAGAGGAAGAGAAGCCCACUUGCCCCAUGGAAAGGUCAUUGUUUAUUUUCUUAACCUUCUUCCCCCACCCCCCCCAUCCCGAAUCCUUUCACUCUCUCAGGAAUCGGAAUAUAAAGCACUUCCUUGUUAACAGAUGGAAUAUUCCCUGCGUGUGGAGUAGUGUGCUAACAUCUCGUGUUGUCACCACAAUCUCAUGCUGCUUAUACCUUGAAAUUCUUUCAACCGGCUCCUAAUGUUAGAGGCACUUUGCAAUAAACUAUCCACAGAGCAUUUUCAAUUCAGCUCAGAAAAGAAUCCUGUAGCUUUUGGCCGAAUGAAACAGAGAAAAACACCAAAGAAAAAAAAAUUUGCCUGUUAGAAGCUUUAAUCUUCCUGGGAAUCUUAUUGUUUUGAACAAGCAGAUUAUUAAUUGCAGCAGAUUGUAUCAGUAGAUGCAUCCUGCAAAGUUGUUUAUUUGUUAGUUUAUUUAAAGGGGUAUCUGGAACUAGAGGGUUCAGGCUCAUGAAAAGGGAAUUUCUUUUAAGAUUGAGAAGAGAAAUUCCCUCUCACAGAGGGUUGUGGAUCUUUGGAAAUCACUACCCUAGAGAGAUGUAGAUGCUGAGUCAUUAAAAAUAUUCAAGAGUUUAAUAGAUUUUUGGAUUAUAAGAGAUUGGGCAAAACAUGGAGCUGAGACCAAUGAUUAGCACAGCUGUUGAAUGGUGGAGGAGACUUGAGGGCCUUGUGACCCUACUGCUGCUCCCGUGUCUGAUGUAAUUGUAGCGGAUCUAGUACAUCCAGUUCACUUUCCUGCCCCAUCACUAUAAACCUGGCAUCCUUUCAUCGAAAACUCUCACCUUUAAACGUGAUGAAGGAGCACCCACAGCCCUCAGACCUAAGGCAGUUCUAGGUGUCUGGUCUGUGGGAAUCAAAGGUUAUGGGGAUAAGGCAGGAAAGUGGAGUUGAGGCCAAUGAUGAGAUAAGCCAUAAUCUUACUGCGUGGGUCUUGUGAGGUUACAAUGCCAAGGCCUGCUCUGGUUUCUUAUCAAGUUCUUUAGUGUAUGUGUGUAACAGAGAAUUCUGGCCAGUUAGAAACCUUGAAUAGUUUCACUGUUAUAAAGCCUUUAAAAGGCUUCCAGUGGUGAACUCUAAAGCCUCAAUGUGACUUUGUGUGAUAUUAAUGUGCAAAUAUGCUAAUAUAGUCUGCAGAGCCAGAUGGUAAUAUUGUGCAGUUGGCAAACAUUCUAAGUUUUUUUUGCACUAUGGCAUAACUUCAAGAGGUGGUCCCUUGCAAUGGAUUCUCAACACUCUAUUCCCUUGAUGUGGGUAAUGGUGAUGGCAAUGGAUUUGUGUGUGUGUGUGUGUGUGUGUGUGUGUGUGUCUUUGGGGGGGUGGGGGGUGUUUCCAUUCAGUUUGAAGUGCAUGGACUGAAUGUGCUAGCUGGGAAUGAAAUGGCCAGUAGAAUGCCAGAUCCCAUCUCCUGAUUUCUGAAGGUGUGUGAUCAUCAUCAUGACUCGUGGAAAUUGCUGUCAUCAAAGUGAGAUUAGCUGACAGAUUUGGCCCAGAGAGAGCAGAAUAGGGAGCUCCCUUUCCUCCAAAGUACAGUGGAUAAUGGGGGUGGACAGUUUUCAAGACUCGGGUUGAUAGAUUUUUGUUAUGUAAGGGAAGUGGAUCAAAGGUAGAGAAAUGGUUUUGAAAUGCAGAGCAGUGCUGUCCUAGCGAUCGGCAGAGCAGCGCAAGUCUGGUUGACUCUGUGAUCAGAAGCAUGCAAGGUGCACCUGGAGGCAUUCAGCACACUGCUUGUGUGAUGGGGCUCACUAAAGGGCCACUGCUGAUAACCUUUUGAAGUCCAUUGAAUAGAUAAGGACUCAGAUGUUCAAAACAACUCACCCACAUGCUCACCUAGACUCAGCACUGAUUCUAAUGAAGAGGAAUGUAGACAGAAAAGUGGUGGCAUUGCUCACUCACUGAAAAUUUACUUUGAAUUCAGAAAGAAUCUUUAGGACAACUUGUGCUGCAGCAUUUUCCACUCCCUGAACUGUGUGAUGUAAAAUAAAAGCAGAAA